AUUCUGAUCCAUGGCUCCCGCAAAGGCAGAGAAGAAACCGGCAGAGAAGAAACCAGCCGCCGAGAAAGCACCAGCCGAGAAAAAACCUAAAGCCGAAAAGAAGAUCUCGAAGGAAGGAACAAGCGAUAAGAAGAAGAAGCGCGUUAAGAAGAGCGUUGAAACCUACAAGAUUUACAUCUUCAAGGUUUUGAAACAGGUCCAUCCUGAUAUUGGUAUUUCAAGCAAAGCUAUGGGGAUUAUGAACAGUUUUAUUAACGAUAUUUUUGAGAAACUCGCUCAGGAAGCUUCUAGAUUGGCGCGUUAUAACAAGAAGCCGACUAUUACUUCACGGGAGAUUCAAACAGCGGUUCGUUUGGUUCUUCCUGGUGAAUUGGCGAAACAUGCCGUGUCUGAAGGAACUAAGGCGGUUACCAAAUUUACUAGCUCGUAGAUUAUGUUUUAGGUUUUUGUUUGAAUGUAAUCUCAGAUCUAGAAUUUUCAUUGUGAUUUUUAGAUGUAGAUUUUAUGUCAUGGUUUGAACAGUUUCAAUUUAAGAUCUUCUUUUAAAUAAUAUUUAACUGUUGUUCCAA